ACAGUACAAAUACAAUCUACCGAGCACGUAGCACAACCACCAAACAGGGCGCUCUUCAUUGAUUAGUAAAUACAACAAAAGCAGAAAGAUCAUUCACUUGAACUAGUCUCGUUCCGUAUCUGGUCGACUGCAGUUCGCCACUAAAUAUGAAGCUGGUGAUAGCUUGCGUCUGGCUUUGCCACAUAUUAAUUCAACAAACUUGUAGCUCCAGUUUGCCAAAGAUUGUAACCGCCUCACCUUUUAACCGUUGGUCCAACAAUGUACACAAAGUUCAUGAAAUCAACGCCUACGAUCAAACCGAAAAGAAGUUCCCCAAGUACUUCGGAUUUGGAGCUGCAACUGCGGCCUAUCAAAUCGAAGGCGCCUGGAAUGUAGACGGCAAGGGACCUUCCGUAUGGGAUACCCUUACUCACACCCACCCGGAAAUCGUCGUUGAUCGAGCCACGGGUGAUGUAGCUGCUGAUUCGUACCACCUCUAUCAGGAGGACAUAGCUGCACUUACGGCAAUAGGGUUCAACUUCUAUCGGUUCUCAAUCUCCUGGGCCAGGAUCCUUCCGGAAGGCGAUAUCUCCUCCCUAAAUCACGCAGGAUUGGACUACUACAACAAACUGAUAGAUGCCCUAGUGGCGGCUGGUAUUGAACCAGUUGUCACAAUGGUCCAUUACGACGUUCCUCAGUAUCUACAGGAUUUGGGCGGCUUGGCGUCGCCGCUUUUCGUGAGAUAUUUCAAAAUCUACGCCAACGUCCUCUUUCAAAACUUUGGUGAUCGCGUCAAACUGUGGAUCACCCACAAUGAACCGUACGAUUUCUGUGUCGAAGGCUACGGAUACGGAAUUGACGGCCCAAUGGUCUAUGCCCCGGGUGUCGGAGAAUACCUUUGCGCUCACCACGUUCUGCUCAGCCAUGCCGCUGCCUAUCAUCUGUAUGACAAAAGCUACCGUCGAGAUCAGAAGGGAGAAAUUGGAAUUACGCUCAGCGGAAGGUACUUUUAUCCGGCGAACAAUGAAACCGGCGUCGAUGUAAUCGAUCGUGCACUGCAGUUUCAAAUUGGAUGGUUUGCCCAUCCGCUGUUCAACGAAGCCGGUGGUUACCCGCCGGUUAUGGUGGAAGACAUCGAAGAUCAUAGCCUUCGCGAAGGUCGGUCCAUGUCCCGACUGCCGGAGAUGACCGAAGAGGUGAAGCAAUAUGUUCGGGGAACAGCAGAUUUUUUCGGAUAUAACUACUACAGUAGUCGAUUGGUUGCACUGGACAAGCGAGAGUACAAUGUAUCGUCUCCGCCGUCGGUGGAUAAGGACGCCGGGUUAAAGUAUACUGUUGAACCCUCGUGGAAGCGAGCCAAAUCCACCUGGCUGUACGUUGUACCAGAGGGAUUGAGAGGAAUGCUCAACUGGUUCAAGGAGGAAUACAAUGAUCCUGUUGUGUUUAUCACUGAGAACGGUUUUUCGGACGACGGUCAGUUGGACGACCAUGAACGGGUGGAUUAUUACAGGAGCCAUUUGAGUGCGCUGUUGGACGCUAUACUGGUGGACAGGUGCAAGGUAAUCGGAUUUACGGCUUGGAGUAUCAUCGAUAACUUUGAAUGGCUUCGAGGAUAUAGCGAAAAAUUCGGCCUCUACCACGUCAACUUCUCCAGCCCGCACCGGGAACGAACACCCAAGCUUUCUUCCAAGUUCCUGAGAACCGUCAUCAGAACAAGACAAAUUCCUUAGAUUGUGUUAAGAAAUGUUUU